GUGGAUUUCCCGCCCAGCUCGGGCGCUCUGCAGCCUCAAGAGCCUCGGGCAUCCUCCGGCGCCAUGGCUCACCGCACGCUGCUGAGAGUCCUCGACGACCUGAGCAGCGACGAGCUGCGCGCUUUUGCUUUCUACCUGCCGGAGCUCCCCGGGCAGCCCACCCGCAUUCCCCGCGGGAAGCUGGACAACGCGGAUCGCGUCCAGCUGGCCGAGCUGCUGCUGAAAUACUACCCGGGAAGAGAGCUGGAGGUCGCGGCCAAAGUGUUGUAUGAAGUCCCCAGGAGGGACCUGCUGAAGAAGUACCUCCUCCAGGGACAGGAAGGGGCUCCCACAAUGGAUGCCUCACCUGAGAAGGCACCUGCGGCAGGGUCACAUACGCAAGGACAGCCGCUCCCGGUCAGUGAGAAGCCCAGAGAGCCCACUUCGAGGAUGGCGAGCUUGGCUGAGACAACCCCAGCAGCCAGGCGAGUGUCGGAGAAGGACCUGAUGAAGCUGGCUAGAAACCUGGGCAAGAACUGGAGGGCCAUUGGUAUCGAGUACCUGGGGGUAGAAGCAUCACGUCUGGAACAGAUUGAAGAGGAAAAUCCUGGCAACGCGGUCAUGCGAAACUUCUACAUGCUAAAGAGCUGGAAGAACGGUGCUACUGGACUCUUGCUCUUUUCUACUGCGACAGACAAACUAACAUGGCUACCCAUCUUGAUCUGCCCUCAAAUCUGUUUGGGACUUCUCAUCUCCGUGAAACGCUGGUCAUUUUGUGGCUGCUGAGGACCCCUAGCCUCAAGACUGGUACUAUAUUUUAGAGAACCUCUGAGCAUGUUAAGUGCCCAGCUAUGCAUCCGUCACCAUGCACUCAUAAUGAAGGUCUUUGUUUCUGGUCCCCACAAAUCUGAGUCCAGUUGAACACUGGAUACUUAAAAGGGACUAGCUUCAUCAUAGCAAGAAAAUCUAUUU